AUGGCGAAAUUGACGACGGAGUCUCCAAUCUGCCGUAAAAUUGUCCAUGCUUUUUUGGAUUUUCUAGAUUCCGUUGAGGUUGCUCCAGGUGCUGAUGAGGAAGGGAUUGAGGUUGCUAAAGAAUGUUUAGCGGAAGCGUUUAAAGUUAAUUCAGAUUCUUCAAGAGAGUAUCAGUCGAAACCUAUUUCGCUUGUUAAUAUGUUCAGUUCAAUGGACAAAAGUAUUCAUGCGGAAUUGGAAACCAAACCAUUCGGUGCUACUCGGGGUAUUACUAUAGAUGAACCUAGUUCCUCGUCAACUCCUGUGUUUCCGGAUUCUCAUCACUCCGAGCCAUUACCAUCCUCAGUGGAUGCAAGCAAAGAGCCUCUCUUUACCGGAACUUCUAGGGAUGAACUCUUUGGUCAACUCUUUGGUGCGCUUGAGAAAGUACGAUAUUUCAGGAACACACCUAACGGAGAUGAUGAUCCUGCUCAGCUGGAAAAGGCAACAAAAAUAUUUCAUGAUGCUAUCAAUGAAAUGGAAAAAUCUGGAUGCCAGACUUUUGAUGUGAAAAACUUGGCAGAAACACUGAAGUGCCAAGGUAACAAGGCCAUGCAGUCUCAGCUUUAUCAGGAGGCAAUCGAGCUGUAUUCUUUUGCAAUUGCACUCUGGGAUAAGAACGCUGUUUUCUACUGCAACAGGGCUGCUGCGUAUACCCAGAUCAACAGAUGUUCAGAAGCAAUUAAGGACUGUCUUACAUCCAUUGAGAUUGAUGGAAAUUAUAGUAAGGCAUACAGUCGUCUCGGGUUAGCAUAUUAUGCUCAAGGAAAGUAUGCCGAUGCUAUCGAGAAAGGAUUUAAGAAAGCUUUGCAGUUGGAUCCGCAAAACGAAUCUGUGAAAGAAAAUAUCAGGGUGGCUGAGCAAAAACUAAGAGAAGAACAGCAACGUCAGAGACGCAGUCAGAAUCCGAGCAUGGGUCACAAUCAAGAACCAGAAAUGGGAGGCGAGGGAAUACCAUCUCAGUUCUCAAUGCCUUUAAACCCCGAAUUGAUGAGCAUGUUCAUGAACAUGGCAGGAAACACAUUCCCGGGAAAUCAUUCUCGCAGUAGUGAGGGAGGAGGAGAUGGUAACAGAAAUGGUUCGGAUGAGCCUGAGAUUCAUGUUGGCGGAAAUAUCAACAUAGAUCUCGGAGUUGGGGAGCAAAUGCCCGAAGAGAUAUCAGGUGCAUUACGAUCAAUGAUGCAGAUGUUUGGAGGAUCACAGGAAGGCACUGGUAAUAAUAGUAAUCCUCAAGGUACUAAUGGUGCACAUGGAAGACCAUCUGGAAAUCAACCAUAG